CACUAAUCGCAGUAGUGCAAAGCAAAGCACGAGCCACAGCUGUGAAUAGUGGUAGAAGUGCUUUGUUUAUGUUUGGGGCGUGCAGCCAAAGUAUUCCUAUUUUGGAAAUUCUUUUUAUUCCACGAAUUUAACACAGUUUAAAAUGGAAAUGGACCAAGAUGAAGCUCGGCGUUUACUCGUGGAAGGUGCAACUCUUUUAGUGCUUGAUGUGCCCGAAGGGACGAAUUUCGGAAUUGAUUUAAAGUCGUGGGAAACAGGCGAAAGAUUCAGGGGAAUAAAAAUGAUUCCUCCAGGUAUCCAUUUUAUCUAUCAUAGUGCUAUUGGGCGACAUGGUGAUACAGCUCCUAGAAUAGGAUUCAUGGAAUGUUUCAAGAAAGGAGAUAUUAUCGUCAAGAAAUGGGACUCAAAUUCAGGAGAAAUAGAUCACAGUAAAACAGUAACAGAAGAGGAAUUGCAACGAAUACGAGCUAAUUUGUGUAAUAUUGAUCGUUUCUUGGGACCAUAUCCCUAUGAAAUUUGGGAUAAGUGGAAAUUACUUUCUGAUAAAAUCACUGAACCUUUGGCUAAGCAGUUAAUGCCUGCUUCAGGUGUUAUUCGAUCAGCCCUGGAAUUAGUGUCAUUAAAUGAAGUAAAAACCGACCCUGAUGGUAGUAAAGAUCCACCGUCAGAAAGCACUCCUGAGACUGAUAGCCCUAGUGGUAAACACUCAUGUCCGACAUCUGAGGAUGUUGGCUCCUAUAAAAGGCGAAGACAUGGGCGCCCCCUAACUGUUGAGGAAAUUGAAGAAGACUUGCUUCCAGGACUCAAGCCUGCACCAGGAACAGCACUGAGGCUCACAAAUUUUCCUAAAUUGUAUUAUCCUCCUGGUUCAACUCCAGCAGAAAUCACAUUACACUCCAUGGACUCCAGUUAUGCUCUCAAAACAGUCUUAGAUCAGCAUGAAAGACCGGAUAACUUAGUUGGUGAGCUGCAGUUCACAUUUUUGUGUUUUCUUGUUGGACAGAGCCUUGAAGCCUUUGAACAUUGGAAAAGAUUAGUGGAUUUAUUAUGCAAUUGUGAAAAAGCCAUAAGAGAACAUCAUGAACUAUAUGAGAACUUUAUGUGGUCUUUAGAACCGCAGUUGUGGGAAGUUCAAGAGGAUUUUCUUGCUGAUAUUGUGACAAAUAAUAAUGCCAUCUACAGGGCCUUACGGCGCCUCUUUCGCAAUAUUCAAUCUCCAGAUAAUAACUUAGAGGGCCGUUUUAAGACACGGACAGCACGAUUUGCUGAACGAUUAACAGAAAAAUUUUCUUGGGAUUUCGAUGACAUAGACGAAGAAGAAGAGGACGAAAAACCUGUGAUUGUGGAUCUAUGAGCUUACAAGUACCUAUAGAUGAUUAAUUUUUGCUUACUAUGUUUAAUUCCUUUUUUUCAAGUAUUAAAUGUAUGUAUUUGCACUACUGA